CAGAAUUCUCCAGGUUCCCCCUCUUUCCUUUUCUGCUUUUCACCGUCUUUCUACUUUCCUCUCGAAAUUUCUGCAUAAUUCCCAUCCCCUUCUAUAAAUAUAUAUUACUCUGUUCCCCCAUCCAAUUUCCAACCAGAACAAAUUCAUCAAAGCCAUCUUAUAAACACUCAAAUACUGUUUUAUAAACUCUCAGGUUUCCUGCACGGUUCCCUAUUUUUCUUCAACAAAUGGCUGCCAAAGCUCAAGGCAAGGCAAUUGGGAUUGAUCUCGGGACGACAUACAGCUGCGUUGGGGUGUGGCAAAACGACCGCGUCGAGAUUAUAGCCAAUGACCAAGGCAACAGAACCACGCCUUCUUACGUAGCUUUCACUGACACAGAGAGGCUCAUUGGCGAUGCAGCUAAAAACCAAGUGGCCAUGAACCCUCAAAACACUGUUUUCGAUGCCAAACGUCUCAUUGGUCGUCGUUUCUCUGACCCUUCAGUGCAAAGCGACAUGAAGCACUGGCCUUUCAAGGUCGUUGCUGGCCCUGGUGAUAAGCCAAUGAUUGUGGUUACAUACAAGGGUGAACAAAAACAGUUCGCGGCAGAAGAAAUUUCUUCUAUGGUAUUGAUCAAGAUGAAGGAGGUUGCCGAGGCUUAUUUGGGCCAAACUGUGAAAGAUGCGGUUAUCACCGUGCCUGCUUAUUUCAAUGACUCACAAAGGCAGGCUACAAAGGACGCUGGAGCCAUUUCAGGGCUUAAUGUUAUGAGGAUCAUCAAUGAGCCAACGGCUGCAGCAAUUGCUUAUGGUUUGGACAAGAAGGGAUCGAGGUCCGGCGAGAAAAACGUUUUGAUUUUUGAUCUCGGAGGAGGUACUUUUGAUGUGUCAUUGCUGACGAUCGAGGAAGGGAUUUUUGAGGUUAAGGCUACUGCUGGAGAUACUCAUCUCGGAGGCGAGGACUUUGACAACAGGUUGGUCAAUCAUUUUGUUCAGGAAUUUAAGAGGAAGCAUAAGAAGGAUAUUAGUAGCAAUGCAAGGGCUUUAAGGAGGCUGAGGACAGCUUGUGAGAGGGCGAAAAGAACUCUUUCUUCCACCACUCAAACUACCAUUGAGAUUGACUCACUCUAUGAAGGUAUUGAUUUCUAUUCUACUAUUACGAGAGCAAGGUUUGAGGAGUUGAACAUGGAUUUAUUUAGGAAGUGCAUGGAGCCUGUUGAAAAAUGCCUCCGAGACUCCAAGAUUGAUAAGAGUCAGGUUGAUGAGGUUGUUCUUGUUGGUGGGUCGACAAGGAUUCCUAAAGUUCAGCAACUUUUGCAAGAUUUCUUCAACGGCAAGGAACUUUGCAAGAGUAUAAAUCCUGAUGAGGCGGUUGCUUAUGGAGCUGCGGUUCAGGCGGCUAUUUUGAAUGGUGAAGGGAAUGAGAAGGUCCAAGAUUUGCUUCUUCUUGAUGUCACGCCUCUCAGCCUUGGUAUUGAGACUGCGGGUGGGGUAAUGACAGUAUUGAUUCCAAGGAACACAACUAUUCCCACCAAGAAAGAGCAGAUUUUCUCGACUUAUUCAGAUAAUCAGCCUGGAGUUUUGAUUCAGGUCUAUGAAGGUGAAAGGGCUAGAACCAAGGACAACAACUUACUUGGCAAAUUCGAGCUUACAGGCAUCCCACCGGCUCCAAGAGGUGUACCUCAGAUCAAUGUCUGCUUCGACAUUGAUGCAAAUGGUAUCUUGAAUGUGUCUGCCGAGGAUAAGACUGCAGGAGUGAAGAACAAGAUCACAAUUACCAAUGACAAGGGAAGAUUGAGUAAGGAAGAAAUUGAAAGAAUGGUGCAAGAGGCAGAGAGAUACAAGUCAGAGGAUGAGGAGGUGAAGAAGAAGGUAGAGGCCAAGAAUGCCCUCGAGAAUUACGCAUACAAUAUGAGGAACACAGUGAAAGAUGAAAAGUUUGCUGGAAAACUUGAUCCGGCAGACAAGCAGAAGAUCGAGAAGGCAAUUGAUGAGACUAUUGAAUGGCUUGACAGAAACCAGUUGGCAGAAGUUGAUGAAUUUGAGGACAAGUUGAAGGAACUGGAGGGCCUAUGCAACCCAAUCAUUGCAAAGAUGUAUCAAGGUGGUGGAGGAGAUGUGCCAGUGGGUGGUGCUGAGAUGCCCAAGGGCGGAUACGGAAAAGCUGGAUCUGGUGGAACUGGUGCCGGACCCAAGAUUGAGGAAGUCGAUUAAGUCUCAUCAAUGGGAUUUUCAAGAAUGUUCUGCAAUUCUGCAUAUGAAAUUUGCUGGUGUUGCCUUUUUUGCUCUGUUUUUUUUUUUUUUUGGCUGAGUGGUAUUUGUGUAAUGUACUUAUGGCAUUUGAGAGAGAUGCAUAAAUGAAAACUUUGUAGAUGCUAACUGUUAUUAAAAUAACAAUGUAAUAAAAAGUUGAAGGUGUCCUUAAUUUUUUUUCGAGUUCUAUUAUUUCU